AUGGGGCUUUAUUUUUUUCUAGUGAUUGUCGUGUGUUAUUCGGGGUGGUCUGACAUAAAGUGGCUUCCUGUGUAUUUUGCGGAUGAAGAGUCCGACCUUACAAUCUCGCUUUCAUCGCUUACAAGUGACUUCUGUGAUGAGAAGGCUGUAAUGGGGUGCUAUUUAAACAUCACAACAUCAUUUCCAUCCAUUAGACUUAAAGCAGAGCAUUUGAACUACGUCUUCAUCAGGUCGUUCACAGAAGACUCUAACAGCCAUGUCUGUUAUUCAAACGUUUUUUCAUCAUUGGGGGAGGUGACAAGUACAUUAUCUCCAGUGAAUGGUGUGUUAUAUGUUCAUAUCGGGACUUCCGCAGACAACACCACAACAGACUCAAUACCCCUCCGCAUCACACACGUCCACAAAUCAUAUAAGUUGAUAUUUAUAGGGGUGAUGUACAUCAUCUCAAUCGUGUUAGUCCUCCUGCUCGUCAUCGGUCUGGUCGUAUUCUACUUUUAUUCAAAUUGGUCCUUCGCAAAGCAACAGAAUGAGGCACUUGUCGAAGAAAAUCUCAAUUACCAAUCAUCGUCCCAGGAACACGCAUUCCACUCGGAGGAGCAGCAAAACUAA